AUGAGCGACCACCGUCCAGUCGCCGCGGAUUUUGAGAUUGAGGUCGAUGUUUUGGAUCAGGAGGCAUACACGACUGCUCUGCGAAGAUUGUAUCGAGAUGUUGACCAUCUGGAAGGUUCACAUGAGCGCAAGGGUCUUAAGCUUGACGAAACUUACCUUGACUUUGGGAAAGUGCGAUAUGAAGUCCCAGAUGUCAAAAUUGUCAAAGUUACCAAUGCGAGCAAGGGCCCUUGCGCGUUCCGAUUCGUACCUGUCCAGACAGAUACUCCCAUUCAUCCCGAGUGGUUAUCUAUCCAACCCAAGACGGGUGUCAUCCUCCCGGAUGAAACUAUAGAGAUCACGUUUACGGCUCAUGUCACCAACGCGAUUGCUUCUGGACUUAAUCGGAGGCCUACUGACCUGAGUGGGACGCUCAUCCUACACACUCUUCUGGGGAAAGAUCACUUUAUAUCAGUAGCGGGGGAAUACCAACCUACGUGCUUCGGGAAUUCGCUGUCCUUUUUGACGCAACUUCCUGGCCCCAUUCGGAGUCUCAAGUCACCCACCGACCUCGUGGAUGAACGACACAGGAAGAAUGCACCCUCAGAGAUCAUUCGGCUUAUCAAUUGGCUCAUGACCAAUGGCACCAAUAUGGUAUAUGUCCUUAUCCCUCGUCGCUUCACCGCAAUUGAACGCGCCGAAUUCCCCUACCCCGCAGCGGAGACGAAAGAUCCUCAAAUUCCACUGGCUUUCGGAGUCGUGCUGCUACGCCUUCUCAAUUCUCUUCCCGAUCCGGUGAUCCCUGGGAUACUGCACCCACGCUGUGUUCAGAUGUCGAACAGAGAUGAGGCAUUUGAGCUUCUGGAUGCAGUCCAGCCUGCGGCUGUCAAUGUGUGGAUUUCGUUAACGGCUUUUUUACAUUUCCUUUCGAAGUCGUCCUCGAAUGAGGACCAGGCUGAACGCCUCGCCAACGUCUUUGCCCCAAUCCUCUUGCGCGAUGAUCCCACGUCGUUCUCGCCGCCGAUAUCGCCUGCGAAGAAACGCCAAUUCCUGCUCUACUUUAUCUCCUAG